AUGCAGCUCCUUUUCGCGCUGGCGUCGACUCUAGCGCUGCUCACUUCGUUCCCGCGGGUCUCGAGCACGGCAAAGAGCCCGAAAGAAAAGGGAGCGCCGCUCUUUCCAGACGGGCACCCGAAUGUCACGUUUUUGACCGACAAGAACUGGGACGAGCACAUGGCAAAGACGGCCAAGCCGUGGCUCGUGGACUUUUACCACCCUUUCUGCCCGCACUGCAAAGAGUUUGCACCUCGGUUUGUUGAGCUGGCUGCGUAUUACAAGGAACAAGGGACGUACUAUGUGGGCGCCAUGAGCUGCAUGGACCACGUCAAGUGUCGUCGCGUGGGCAUUACGGGCUUCCCGACGCUCAUGGCGCUGAAUUUCGAUGUGACGAAACCCAAGAUGGAGAACAAGCGGAUCGUUGGUACGCACACUGUGCAGGAAGUCAAAGAUUACGUCAACAGCGUGGUGGCUGAAGUGGCUUUUAAUACCACGGGAACUUGGCCGCCGGGGUACACGCCUCCGGUAGCAAGCAAGGCCAAGGAGGAAGUGAUGGCAGUUAAUGGAUCCAAGGGAGCAAAUGAGACGGCAGUGACCACGGAGGCUCCAAAGGUUGUGAUUUGGGAAGAAUCGACGCUUCCAACAAACCAGACGACGCGUCUCCAGGAUGCAGCUUCAGCUUUCGUGUUCGGACUCAAGCAGGGUGUGUUCAUGGGAAGUGAUGUCAUGGAUGAGGAGGAGCUGGACGCUUUGAAAGGCUGGUUGAAAUUAGUGUCAACGACCUUUCCUGGUUCGAUCAAUCGCAAGGUUAUUACGUUAUUGUACGAGCAGCUGAAGGAUAAAGAGAUGCUGGACUUUGACACAUGGGACGCCAUGCUGGGGGCGUGGCAAGAGGGCUCAGUUGCCGCAUUCAAGGCAGAGGAAGGUCAGUGGGAUGUUACGGGGGUCGAGGUCUCUGAAUGGCAGAGAUUGAAUGAUUUGUUUCUCGGUCAAGGAGCAACGUAUCGUGCAUGCGCACUGUACACAUGUGGUCAGUGGAAUAUGUUUCAUAUGCUUACGAUGAAUCCGCCAGAGAGCGGGGCACGCAGUGACGAGCUCAUGGUGUCUGUGGCAGCGUCGAUCCGUCGUUUUACGAAGCACUUUUUCGGGUGUGCGGACUGUCGUGAACACUUUUUGAAGGAGAAUACUGUCGAGGUUGUCAAGAAGAUUAAGGACGCGGACGACAAGCCACUGGCGCUGCGUCGUUGGCUGUGGGCGCAGCACAACUCUGUCAACAAACGCGUACACCACCCCAUUUGGCCGAAACAGGAGCAAUGUCCGACUUGUGGAACUGAAGGUUCAUGGGAGAUGGUAGAGGUGGACAAAUGGUUGGGUCACACUUACGAUUACCGUGAUGUCGGUGUUCUUCUGGUCGAGAAAGAGGAUGAUGUUUUGAGAGUAUCACCUGUAUCUCUGCGUUCCGAAGUCGAAACGGAGACAAUGGCCCCUAUGGCUGGUGAGAACAAAACGAGGGAAGCGAGCGCGUUUGAGAUGGCGGAGGAGAAGGCCCAGUCGUCUUGGCCCACCGUAGCGGAGCCUAAGGGUGGCGAUGAGUAUCGUCCAAAGGAUGCAGAGCUCGGUAUCAAGAACGUGGCUAAUACGAAGGAACUUGUUGCAAACACGAAGACUGAGCAUGAGGACGGUUUGCAGGGCGUCGCAGCUCCUCGCGUGACUCUCUUUGCAUGGUACAUUUUUCCUGUUGCCGCGGUGGGUGGCUACUUUCUGUUCGUGCGAUCCCGUGCCAAGAAGCAGAGGAUUUACCGUCAAGUUCCGCGUGACUGA